AUGGCGCAUUUGAAUACAGACAACUUCCUCGCAGCCAACGAACCUCCUUACGAUGUCGGUCCAGCUCCUCCCCCCGGUCCGUCACUUUUAGACGAUACGGAGUCAAACAUGCUCGAGAGUUUCUUCACAACACUAAACACUAGCCAAUUUAAUGUUAACGAUGCUUGGUUUCAGGACCUUUCACACGAUAAAGGCGGUGGUGCAUUUGGACUGGACUGGACAGAAGGGCUACCACCGAAUUUGGAAGGCUCGACAACUUCUUUAUCACAACCACCUAUUCUCUCAAUGAAUCCACAGAAGAAUAACAAUAUGAUGGGAGGGAUGGGUCCCGACUCCGAUAUCCUGGCAGCCGCUCAAAUGCUUUAUGGAAACGGAGCCAACACAAUGAACUUUGCGACAGGCCAUUUGUUCCCUGCUGGUAUGCCAGAAAUGGCACCUAAUCAUAUGCCUCAUCCCCGUAUCAAGCAAGAGCAGACACAUCAUCCGCCUGCAAAUCACAAUGAUCCUCGUCAAAUGAUGCCUCAAGGACAACAUACAUCAGUCUUUAAUCCAGAACAGCCAGCAAUUCCAGUAGAUCCACAUACAACCAUCGAAGUUCAACGGCUACGCUGGGGCUCAGAUGCUGGGUUCGUGGACCAAGGUUACCGACGACCUGCCGAAAUGGAGAACACAGACGAGGUCACAAAAAAUCUCCUGGAAAAUAUGAAAUGUUUGGAACCGCAAUCAAGCACUACUAACACGCGUGCACCAACGCCAACAAAGUUUGAGACUCCUCACAAUCGUGAGUGGAAUAACGGCAAUGGAGUCAGCACUUCCCAAUCUUCUGACACGACGAACUAUGACGAAGGUGAUGGCAGUUCACGGCCAAGAAAACGGUCCAAGAUCAAAAUGCAAGAGGACGAAGACUCGGACGAUAACAGCGGCACGCCAAGGAUCAAAAAGAUGAAAGGUGCCUCUGGAGGCAAGGCCAGACGUGGUUCAAGUGAAAGUUCCUCGAAGAGAACAAAGGCACAGCAAGCCAAAGCAGCAAGAGAAAACCUCACAGAGGAGCAGAAACGCACGAACCAUAUUCUGUCAGAGCAAAAGCGUCGCAACCUUAUCAAACAAGGAUUCGACGAACUAUGUGCGUUGGUCCCUGAUCUUCGUGGUGGCGGUUUCAGCAAAAGUGCCAUGCUCAUUCAAGCUGCGGAUUAUUUGGAGGAGGUUCUGAUUGGCAACAACGAACUGCGAAAACAACUUUCGCAGCUCAAAACCGUUAACGGCUUUAUGAUACCCCGGUGA